CAUUAGCAGUCAGUGCUGGAUGCAGGAGAGAUAUACAGCAAGCUGAGUGCAGACAAAGAAUGUGGGAGUUACCACUGUGCAGCCAGAAGCCUUUACAGUGAUAUGGAAUCAGCAGGGGGAGUUACGUGGCCAUAUUGUAUAACACUCUGUACUGACAGUCAGCCAUGACAAGGCUUUCUUGUCUUAUGCAGAACUCAAGGCUGAGAAGGAACAUCCAGGCUUUAGCCAUGAUAAACUCUGCUUCCAGGUCCAGGCAUUGCGUUCUGCCCCUGGUCAGGGGAAGGGGCUGUUGGCUGCUACAGUCAGUCAGGGGGGUGAGUGUGAGCCAAGGGAGGGAAGGGGCUGCAUUUGGAGCAGUAGAAGAGGAAAAGAAAAUGAAAACAUUUGAAGACUUGCCUGGCCCUUCGCUUCUCACCAAUAUAUACUGGGUGUUCCUAAGAGGGUACAUGCUCUACACUCACGAGUUACAGACUAUUUAUAAAAAGAAGUAUGGACCCAUGUGGAAAUCUACUCUGGGACGCUACAAUACAGUGAAUAUUGCUGACGUCGACAUCUUGGAAACGUUACUAAGGCAGGAGGGAAAGUACCCUAUGAGGAGUGACAUGGAGAUCUGGAAAGAGCAUAGACGCCAAAGAGACCUCUCCCUGGGCCCUUUCACAGAGGAAGGCCAUAAAUGGCACACUCUUCGCUCAGUGCUUAACAAGAGGAUGCUGAAGCCAGCAGAGGCUGUGCUCUACACAGGGGUGGUAAAUGAGGUGGUGACUGACUUUUUGGUCAGACUAGAUGAGAUGCGAUCAGAAACGCCAUCUGGUGACAUGGUGAAUGACAUUCCAAAUGCGCUGUACAGAUUUGCCUUUGAAGGCAUCUCCUACAUCCUGUUUGAGACCCGGAUUGGCUGUUUGGAGAAGCAAAUACCAAAGGAGACUCAGAGGUUCAUAGACUCUAUCGGAGCUAUGUUAAAGAACUCUAUCUUUGUGACUGUUUUUCCACCGUGGACCAAUAAUUUACUUCCAUACUAUAAACGUUAUAUGGAUAGCUGGGACAAUAUAUUUGCAUUUGGGAAUAAGCUGAUUAAUGAGAAGACGAAGAAGAUUGAGGCUCGACUUGAGAGGGGCGAGGAGGUGCAGGGAGAAUACCUGACCUAUCUGAUCUCCAGUGGCAAACUGACUGAUAAGGAAAUUUAUGGCAGUGUGGCAGAGCUGCUGUUAGCUGGGGUUGAUACAACAUCCAACACGCUAUCCUGGGCAUUGUACCACUUGGCUAGACAGCCAGAGAUUCAGAACUCCCUGUACCAAGAGGUGAUUGGACUGGUUCCAGGUCAAAAUAUUCCCACUUCUGAGGAUAUCUCCGGAAUGCCCCUACUACGGGCUGUGAUAAAAGAAACACUACGAUUAUACCCUGUUGUACCUACCAAUGCCAGAGUGGCUGUAGAGAAGAGCAUCACCAUUGGAGAUUAUUACUUCCCAAAAGAUACACUCUUUGCUUUGAUGCAUUAUGAUAUAUCACGGGAUGAGAACAAUUUUCCAGAACCAGAUAAAUUCAUCCCUCAGCGCUGGUUCCGAGAGAGUCGAGUGAAGAACAACCCUUUCAGUUCUAUUCCCUUUGGAUAUGGGGUUAGAGCCUGCGUUGGACGCCGUAUUGCUGAGCUGGAAAUGCACAUGUGCCUGUCCCGGAUAAUAAAAAUGUAUGAGGUGAGACCAGACCCUAGCGGAGCAGAAAUAAAAUCAAUGGCAAGGAUUGUACUGACACCAAACAAACCGAUAAACCUUCAGUUCCUGCCGAGGAACCCAUGACGUCAGCAUGAUCAUGGUACACUUGUCUAGCUAUCUAGACUCUGCUUCAUGAUGUCAGUCUCCUCUGACCUGUCUUUGAAGUUAUCGUGAAAGGAUUUUAAAAUCAACUUUAUCUUUAGACAAAAUCUUAACUUUGAUUUUACCAUGGCUGGACUAGCCAGAGUACCCGAUUAUCCCCUCCCAGCCAAGGACAAUUUUUAUUAGCCUUUUCUUAUUUCCACCAUAGGUCUAUACAAAUUUAGCACUGUCUUCAUAUAAUUGUUGUGAAAGUGGUGAAUGUGUAUGCCACCUACACAUUGCAAAUCACACUUGGGUCAAAAUUUAUAUAUGAUAUAUAUAUAUAUAUAAUUACAUAUAGCACUUGAUUUAACCUGGUGAUUUUUAUUUAUAAGGAGCCUUACUGCUUUCACUGAUACCAUGUGAAAAUGAAAAAUAUAACACAUAGCUUCUAUGAGGCAUUCUUCUAUCUAGUUUUGUAUAUAACAUGCUUUUACCUACUUGCACCGUGCACAUACCUGAGUGCAUGGACAGCAACUCCGUAUCUAACCCCUGCCUUAAUCUCGUAGUGCAAAUCUCUCUGAAUGUGCCCCCCUCCCCCAUUGUUUCCUUGUAAGAUGCCUAAUUUUUACUUCCAGGAAAAGAACAAAUACACAUGAUAAUAUUGUUUUACUACCUCAGUUGUUCGAAUAUUAAAAAAAAACCCAAAUAUAUUCAUUUAUCUUCCUGUAUAUGAUUCUGCAAUAAAAUAAUUGUUUUAUGA